CGAUUUGUAUUUUUUACGAAAAAGGUGGAUUGACUGUUGCGAUAUGAUUUAGUUUAAUCCAAUAUAUAUACUAUUCAGGUCUGUGCAUCUGAAACAGUGUUUUAGGAUUUCAUACUUUAAUAUGGCAACCAUCAAAUCGUGCAUUUUAAAGGUUAUUGAAAAGCCAGAUCUUGUUUGUCAAUUGUGUGGAAGUCGAACGAAACGAUUUUUGAAGACAUUAUCAAAUCGAAGUCGACCCCGUGUGUAUGCAAAUGUAAAUUCGUACAAAUCAGAAGAAUAUUGGAAUUAUGAAGCUCAUGUUGUAAGAUGGGGUCGGUUUGAAGACUACGAAGUGAGAGGAAAAUUGGGAAGCGGAAAGUAUAGCGAGGUAUUUGAGGCAAUUAACAUCAGAAACGGUGAAAAGUGUGUCAUCAAAUUACUGAAGCCCGUGAAAAAGAGAAAAAUCAAAAGAGAAAUAAAGAUUUUAGAAAACCUACAGGGAGGAACAAAUAUAAUCUCGCUGCUGGACGUUGUGAAAGAUCCUGUGUCGAGAAGACCAGCUCUUAUAUUUGAGCAUGUGAACAAUCAAGAUUAUAGAACUUUGUAUCAAUCAUUUACAGAUUAUGACAUAAGGUUUUACCUCUAUGAAUUGCUAAAAGCAUUGAACUAUUGUCAUAGCAUGGGAAUCAUGCAUAGAGAUAUAAAACCAUCAAAUGUCAUGAUAGAUCAUGAUAACAGAAUAAUACGCUUAGCAGAUUGGGGUUUAGGAGAAUUUUACCACCCAGCUAUGGUAUAUAAUGUCCGAGUUGCUUCGAGGUACUACAAGGGGCCUGAACUCUUGUUAGAAUAUAAGACAUACGACUAUUCUCUGGAUAUGUGGAGUUUUGGGUGUAUGUUUGCUCAAAUGAUAUUCAGAAAAGUGCCUUUUUUCCUUGGACAAAACAAUUCUGAUCAGUUGUUGCAGAUAGUAAAAGUUUUAGGAACAGAUGAUCUUAACUGGUACUUAACAACUUACCAAUUGUAUGUAGGAUGCAUCUUAAACAUUGAUGACCUGAGGAAACAACCACAGUCAAGACAAAAGCUUGAACAAUUUGUGAAUGAUAAAAAUCGACACUUAGUGAGUCUGGAAGCUAUAGAUUUGUUAGAUAAACUUUUACGCUAUGAUCACCAAGAAAGACUUACGGCACAGGAAGCCAUGGAUCAUGCAUACUUCAACCCAGUAGUGAAAGAACAAAGGAUAUCUCCCAAAUCAGUGCCAACACAGUCAUAAUUCAUCCAAACAAAUGUGUUGUUAAUGUGACUGUAAAUUACUAAAGUAAAUACAUCACUUUGUGUAAUACAACCUGUCUCAGAAUGUUUCAAUGUCAAACGUUGGAUGUAAACAAGGUGAACCCGUAUAUCUCUGUACAUGUAUUUAUUUCUUUUGUGUAUAGAGAUUACUGGUAUUUAUUAUGGUUAAUAGAAUUAAAGCACGAUAA